GUUUGCACCCCACUGCACGUAGGAUGCAGGACACACAGCUGGCUGCAUAUGUUUUUCUUCUUCUCGGGUGUACCUUGUUUCCGGAUAAGAGUGGAAACAAGCUCAGGCCACGCGACAUAGUUGACGCGUGUGAGCCCGACAUAGUAGGCCAGUUUUCUUGGGGGUCGGCUACGUUGGCGUAUAUGUAUCGCCAGUUAGGAUUCUCAAGUCGGGCUAAUGCGGCAGGUAUCACUGGAUGUCUGACAUUGUUACAAACCUUGAUAUACGAGUAUUUUCCUGCGUUUCGACCACACCGCGACCCCGUUCCUAUUGGGGAUGGGCAGCCACGUGCCUAUGCGUGGAGUCCGCGUUUCGAUAAGAAGUCCAUUGACCGCCUGCGAUCGAUACGGUUAUUGCUUGACAGGAUGUCCCCAUUAGAGGUGAACUGGAUGCCUUUCGGCCGGAACCCUAGUAAUAGGGUACCCAGGACCCUUUACACGGGACUGAUUCAGUAUCGUGAGAUCGUAGAGGCGUACAUGCCGCAGCGCUGUCUUCGCCAGCUUGGAUUUGUCCAAGUUGUUCCUCCUCCACCAGCAUGGCCCAGUAAGGCGGUCCGAUCUGCGUCGUCGAAGGAGUAUGUCGUCCAAUGGCCGGCAAGCAUGAUUGCCACGUGGGAACACUUUCCGAUGGUUGCCCGCCUAUGGACAAAGGAGCUGCAGCGACCGCCAAUUAGGGUGACUGCCCUGUGUGACCAGUACUACAUGGAAUGGUACAACCGGUAUUCGCACCUGAGGUUGAUCAGAGACCUCCACCACGGCGACGACGCCGAUGAUGAUGAUGUGCCACCGCCCACUGCCGUGGAUGCGUGGAUGGGAAAGAUGAUGCAAGUGGGACACAUAAUUUUUGAGGCGAGGGACAGCAUGACGAGUGUAUCAGGCAGAGCGGCUAUUGAUGAUCUGGAACGAGCCCUUGAGCAGUGGCAGUGGGCGUCACAGAGGGAUUACUGAUCUGUGGACAUUUUAUUUA